CCGAGCUCAGCAACAAAGCUCCCAUAGCUUCUCUCCCCCAGCCUAUCCACUGAUUCGGGUCUCGCAUUCUCCAGACUCUCGGCCCCAUUGACGUUUCUUUGAGGAGGCAAUUCAUACCGUACUUCUCGGGUCUAGCCUUGACGUCUUUUCAGUUGCCAUCAAUUUCUACUAAAAAUGUUUGCGCGAUCAGUAUUCCGGGCGUGCCAGUCGGCUCAGCCCACCAAGCGCCAAAUCCGCCGUUAUGCCGACAAGCCCUCCGCUUCCUCCGGUGGGAGCAACAGCACGCUGCUCUACUUCCUCGGUGGCGGCGCGGUCGCAGCCGGCGGCUAUUACUACUUCACUCAGAACCCCGGCGCAGCGCAAAAGGCCGAGGCCAAGGUCAAGGGGGCUCUCCCUGGUGGUGAGCCCAAGAAGGCCCUGACGGGAGGAGACCAGGGUUUCGUCUCCCUCAAGCUGGACGACGUCGAGAUUGUGAACCACAACACCAAGAAGCUGCGGUUCAAGCUGCCCGAGGACGACAUGGUCUCCGGCUUGGAGGUCGCCAGCGCCAUCCUGACCAAGUUCAAGCCUGACGGUGACGCGAAGCCUGUGUUGAGGCCCUACACGCCUACUUCCGAUGAGGAUACCAAGGGCUACGUGGAGCUUAUUGUCAAGAAGUACCCUAACGGCCCAAUGUCUACCCACCUGCACGAUAUGGUCCCCGGUCAGCGUCUCGACUUCAAGGGCCCCUUGCCCAAGUAUCCAUGGACCGAGAACAAGCAUGAGCACAUCGCCCUAGUUGCUGGUGGCACUGGUGUCACUCCCAUGUACCAGCUGUGUCGCGCCAUCUUCAACAACCCCAACGAUAAGACCAAGGUCACUCUCGUUUUCGGAAACGUUAGCGAGGACGACAUCCUGCUCAAGAAGGAGUUCCAGGAGCUCGAGAACACAUACCCCCAGCGCUUCCGUGCAUUCUACCUUCUGGACAAGCCGCCCAAGGAGUGGAACGGCGGCAAGGGUUUCAUCACCAAGGAGCUGCUCAAGACGGUCCUACCAGGGCCCAAGGACGGCAACGUCAAGAUCUUCGUUUGUGGGCCACCUGGACUGUACAAGGCUAUCUCGGGGCCCAAGGUGAGCCCCAAGGACCAGGGCGAGCUGACGGGUGUUCUGGCGGAGCUCGGGUACAGCAAGGACCAGGUCUACAAGUUCUAGAUUGCUUGCUGGCAAUGAGUGUCACGCUUGGUCGCGGCUGUAUAUAAGCAUCUAGACGAUCACGAAUCCUAUGAAAACUCAAAGCCACCUCAGGCAUAUGUGGGCAAA